AUGAGCGGAUACUCAAACUGCUCCACUAACCACACUAACAUUUGGAGUCAUUAUUUAGUACUUGCACUGGGCAUCCCUCAACUGACCAUUAACAUAGCAUCUGUGAUCUUCAACUGCACCGUCAUCAUCACCAGAAUGGCAACAAAGGAUCUGCACAAGCCUAUCUCGAUACUCUUCUGCAAUUUGGCCUUUUCUGAUCUCUUCACCAGCUUUUCUGGCUUUUGGAUUUCGAUGCUGUUCAUCACCAACCCUGACAUUACAAUCUUUGGAUCCAAGGAUAUGCUUGCACCUUAUGCCUUAUAUACGGUGUCUAUUUUAUCCACCAUCUAUAACUUGGUAAGCAUUGGAAUUGAACGCUAUCUGGCUGUGGCUAAAAGCAUGAGGACAAGAUUCAGGGUUUCUAGAAACCAUUCUAUUGCUGUAGUUUUAAUUAACUGGGUCCUUGCUUUCUUUUUGGGCUGCUUGCCAUUGAUGGGGUGGAACUGCUUGCGUAUGGAAAAAAAUCUCUCUGUCCUCUACAGCCCGUUUUGCGUUAACUACCUCAUCUUCAUCGCCAUUCCCAACGUUGUGGUGGCUUUUAUUAUACCUCUCUUCACCUACCUUAGAAUCAUUAUCAUCCUGAGGAAAAGAAAGCUGAGAAUGAAAGCAUGUGGACAAGCUACUGGCACCUACAAGUCAGCCGAAAUGCAGGUUGCCAGAACCAGUAUUUUUAUUUGGCUCCUGGCAUUGAUCUCAUACGCUCCUUUUUUCGCAGGAGUCGUAUUUGACGCAACUAACCAUCAGUGCCCCAUUGAUCUCUACCCAGGCGUCUACAUCUUUCGAAACUGCACGGCUAUGCUGAUAACCAUGAACU